ACAUACAUACAUACAUACAUACAUAUAUAUAUGGCUUCUUCUCAUAUUCUUUUUGUUGGGCUUAUGAUGAUAACUUGUUCUAUUGCGUUGGCAUCUGACAGUAGCCCUCUUCAAGAUUUCUGUGUUGCCGACUCCAAAGGCCCAGUGCUAGUAAACGGUUUUGCUUGCAAAGAUGCAAAGCUAGUACAGGCAAGCGAUUUCUUUUUUAGUGGAUUACACUUGGUGGGAAACACCUCCAAUGCCGUAGGAUCUCGAGUCACUCCGGUCACCGUUGGCCAACUACCAGGUCUCAAUACUCUUGGUAUCUCCAUGGCUCGUAUUGACUUUGCUCCUUGGGGUAUUAAUCCUCCUCACACACAUCCUCGAGCUACUGAAAUCUUGACCGUCAUUCAAGGCAGUAUCCAAGUUGGGUUUGUCACAUCCAACCCUGAAAACCGUCUAAUCAACAAAGUACUGCAGAAGGGUGAUGUUUUUGUUUUCCCCGAAGGUCUGGUUCACUUUCAGAGAAAUGUUGGCCAUGGCAAUGCUAUUGCCAUUGUCGGCCUAAGCAGCCAAAACCCAGGGGUUAUUACGGUUGCAAAUGCUGUUUUUGGUGCAAAACCUGAUAUUCCAAAUGAUCUUUUGGCAAAGGCUUUUCAGGUGGAAGUAAACGUGGUCGAUCAAAUUCAGUCGAAAUUCUAGACUCUAAUUAAUUAAUUAAAGGUCUUUGAGCACCGUAUGUGUUAAGGAAACUCGAUCUUUAUCCAAUUUCUUUGUUUUAGAACGACAAUUAAGAUUUCAUUCGUUAUUUGUAAUUUCU